UCGUCUUGCUCCACCGCACAAUAGCCCCUCCCACUCGAUCAAUCAUCUCUAGAUAUCUCAGAUAACCUCUUCUCCACGAUCCGUGAUCGAGCCACCUCUAUGCAAAGCCUCAACACCCCAUAUAUUUCCUCAUUUCUAGAUCCUACUCAACCGACGUCCAGCCUCUCGCUUCCGUGUACGCCGUCGCCCAGCACCUCUCUUUCUCCCACGACUGUUGUUCCCUUAGAAGGAAGAAGAAAUCAUCAGCUCCUCCCCUCUCCUCUCCUCCCGUAACUGUUCCUCCACUCGCGCGGUGCACGUCGUGGAGAGACUAGCAACUGCCCGGCCCGAUGCCUUAUUCAAACCCCUCCAGAACGCCCGCUCGACCUCCACUCCUCUCCAAGCUGUGCUCUGCUUCCCCUCGACGCUCCUGGUCGCAUGACUCGCAUCGCUCUGCGCUCGAAAAAACCGCCCGCAGGUUGGAGCUCCAUUGCACCGCAAAGCCAACUCUGCGUCGCGCUUGGAACACCGUCAGUCGCCACACGUCACUUCCUCCGGCCACGCUCGUCUCCGGCGGCUGCGUCCCAGCACUGGCCCGCUCGUCGAAGUCCAGCCGUGUGUGGGCUGGUGAGCCCCGCCGGGUCCCGUGCUCCAUCUGCCGCGCCGCUUGGUGCACCCAGCCGGCAUGUCACCUCCGGCGAGCCCCUGCACUGCCACGGCCGUCCCAUCCGUGCGUUGAAGAGUCUACGUUCACGUUCUCCACUGCCCGAGGGAGCCCCGCUGAAGCUUCGUCCGUAGGUUGCCUUUGGUGCAAUCUAUGCUCAGGUAAAGAAGAAGGCAUCGAGGCGAAUCUCCAGGAGUUCCAGGACUUCGACGAGUUCGAGGAUUAGGCUAGCGACCUCCCCCAGUCAGCUGCCUGUGGUGGGUUUAUUUACGUUGGCUACGUUUCUGUUCUGUGUACUUUGAUUAUAUUAUGUAAAUGACUCUAGUCUUUCAUAUUAUUACUUA